CUCCCCUUCAGACUUGCACAGGUGUACCGGUUCCUCCCCUUCAGUCUUGCACAGGUGUACCGGCUCCUCCCCUUCAGUCUUGCACAGGUGUACUGGCUCCUCCCCUCCAGUCUUGCACAGGUGUACUGGCUCCUCCCCUUCAGUCUUGCACAGGUGUACUGGCUCCUCCCCUCCAGUCUUGCACAGGUGUACCGGCUCCUCCCCUUCAGUCUCUGCACAGGUGUACUGGCUCCUCCCCUCCAGUCUUGCACAGGUGUACCGGUUCCUCCCCUCCAGUCUUGCACAGGUGUACCGGCUCCUCCCCUUCAGUCUUGCACAGGUGUACCGGCUCCUCCCCUUCAGACUUGCACAGGUGUACCGGCUCCUCCCCUUCAGACUUGCACAGGUGUACUGGCUCCUCCCCUUAAGUCUUGCACAGGUGUACCGACUCCUCCCCUUCACACUUGCACAGGUUUAUUGGCUCCUCCCCUUCAGUCUUGCACAGGUGUACCGGCUCCUUCCCUUCAGUCUUGCACAGGUGUACCGGCUCCUCCCCUUCAGUCUUGCACAGGUGUACAGGCUCCUCCCCUUCAGUCUUGCACAGGUGUACCGACUCCUCCCCUUCACACUUGCACAGGUGCACAGGCUCCUCCCCUUCAGUCUUGCACAGGUGUACCGACUCCUCCCCUUCAGACUUGCACAGGUGUACAGGCUCCUCCCCUUCAGACUUGCACAGGUGUACUGGCUCCU